AUGGAUCAGCACGAUGACUUUGACAAUGUCUCUUGGAGACACGAACCAGAGAGCGAUAUCUCUCGUCCAACCACUUCGGGCACUGAUGUCGAAGAGUCGCCUGCAGCAAGUCAUGAUGCCAAUGGCAAACGGAGAAUGAGCUCAGCUCACGAAACCCCACAAGCCGGGCCACUGGCAGAUGCGGUCGAUCUAGCAGGUAUCGGGGAUGGGGUGUUGGAAUGUCGGGUGGAUUCACCACUGAAAGAGAAUGACGGUACCAAAGACGCAUAUAUCUCUUACUUGGUUACAACGCAAACCGAUUUCAAGUCCUUCCAGAGGUCAGAGUUUGCAGUGCGCAGACGAUUUACGGAUUUUUUCUUCCUAUACAAGACGCUCUAUCGUGAGUAUCCUGCCUGCGCCGUCCCACCUCUACCAGACAAGCAUAAAAUGGAAUACGUGCGGGGGGAUCGGUUCGGGCCCGAAUUUACUACACGACGUGCCUGGUCACUACAUCGAUUCCUAAAGCGCCUGGCAUUACAUCCGGUGCUUCGCCGGGCUCCUUUGCUUGCUAUCUUCUUAGAAUCCCCCGACUGGAAUGCGCAUAUGCGGCUUCACACCUCUCGCACAUCCACCAAUCCGACAGACAACAGCGGUACCCCAGGAAUUUUUGACAACUUUACCGAUACUUUCGUGAAUGCGUUUACGAAAGUCCACAAACCCGAUCGCCGGUUCAUUGAGGUUCGGGAGAAGGCAGAUAAGUUGGAUGAAGAUCUCAAUCACGUAGAGAAGAUCGUCGCCAGGGUUGCUCGGCGCGAGUCCGAUUUGGAGACCGACUACAAUGACCUGGCGACGCAAUUCCGCAAACUGGUGUCUCUGGAGCCAAACGUUGAAGUUCCCUUACAGGUAUUCGCGGCGUCGGUGGAAGAGACGGGACGCGGGCUGAAAGGUCUCAAAGACCACACGGAUCAGAACUACCUUGGCUCGCUCCGGGAUAUGGAGGCCUACAUCGUGUCCGUUAAGGCGCUUCUGAAAACGCGUGAGCAGAAGCAACUCGACUUUGAGGCCUUAGUGGACUACCGCAACAAAGCUGUGAGCGAGCGAGACUCGCUCGCCACCAACCCAUCAUCCUACUAUGCCUCUAAUCCUCUUACCUCAUCGCCUGCGUCCUUCAUCCGCUCCAAGAUGGAAGACAUGCGUGGUGUCGACCAUGAGCAGUCACGCCGGGAGCGGGUCCGAAAAUUAGAGUUGCGCAUCGACGAACUGACUCGCGAAGUAGAAUCUGCUAAGACCACGUCAGAGAUGUUCGAUGAAGAGGUUGUCCGUGAAGUUGCGGAUUUCGAACGGAUCAAGGCGGUUGAAUUCCGGGACACUCUCGGCGCGUUGGCCGAGAAGCAUAUUGACUUCUACCAGGGAGUGUUGAAUACAUGGGAGAGGUUUGUCGCGGAGAUGGAAGGUGAUUUAGAUGAAAAUCACGAAGAACCCGCCCCACAGGAGAGUAUUGCAACACGAUAA